AUUCCUCUUUCUGAGAACCAUGAAUUUGGAACUUGGCACUUGGAAAUGUGACCUAGCAAAAGACACAUGGGCAAGAGCUAUGCUUUUCCAUUUCACCAAGGAGAGCCAGAGGCUUGCCAAAGAGUUGGGGGCCUCAAGCCACGAAGCAGAACAACAAUACUGUCUCUUGACCUGCUGCACCCCACUGAAGAAGGCCAGGGCUUUCAUGAGUCCAGGUCUUUGAAGUCACACCAUGAAGCUCUUACAUCAUGACACACAGCAUGGCAGAGGAGUCCUGACUUAGCGAGAAGCCCAAGUAAAGUCUUUUAUGAGGGGAGAGACUCUUCUGAAGAAGCACAACAAAUGGAGGGAAGGGCUUUUGACAAUCACCAAAUGAGCAAAAAAAAAAAAAAAAAGGGGGGGCGGUUGUCUUACAUGUCCACACCCUCCACGGACGAGGUAUAAAUGCUCCCUGGAGGAAGGAGACCCACCGCUCUACAACUUGGAGAUUUUGGACUGUGUCUUCAGCUGGACACUCCCUCCCUGCACCAUGUCUUACAGUUGUGGCCUGCCCAGCCUGAGCUGCUGCACCAGCUGCUCCUCCCGGCCCUGCGUGCCCCCCAGCUGCCACGGCUGCACCCUGCCCGGGGCCUGCAACAUCCCUGCCAAUGUGAGCAACUGCAACUGGUUCUGUGAGGGCUCCUUCAAUGGCAGCGAGAAGGAGACUAUGCAGUUCCUGAACGACCGCCUGGCCAGCUACCUGGAGAAGGUGCGUCAGCUGGAGCGGGACAACGCGGAGCUGGAGAACCUCAUUCGGGAGAGGUCACAGCAGCAGGAGCCCUUGGUGUGUGCCAGCUACCAGUCCUACUUCAAGACCAUUGAGGAGCUCCAGCAGAAGAUCCUGUGCAGCAAGUCUGAGAAUGCCAGGCUUGUGGUGCAGAUCGACAAUGCCAAGCUGGCCUCAGAUGACUUCAGAACCAAAUACGAGACCGAGCUGUCCCUGCGGCAGCUGGUGGAGUCGGACAUCAAUGGCCUGCGCAGGAUCCUGGAUGAGCUGACCCUGUGCAGGUCUGACCUGGAGGCCCAGGUGGAGUCCCUGAAGGAGGAGCUGCUGUGCCUCAAGCAGAACCAUGAGCAGGAGGUUAAUACCCUGCGCUGCCAGCUUGGAGACCGCCUCAAUGUGGAGGUGGACGCUGCCCCCGCUGUGGAUCUGAACCAGGUCCUGAACGAGACCAGGAGUCAAUAUGAGGCCCUGGUGGAAACCAACCGCAGGGAAGUGGAGCAAUGGUUCGCCACGCAGACCGAGGAGCUGAACAAGCAGGUGGUAUCCAGCUCAGAGCAGCUGCAGUCCUACCAGGCGGAGAUCAUCGAGCUGAGACGCACGGUCAAUGCCCUGGAGAUAGAGCUACAGGCCCAGCACAACCUGCGAGACUCUCUGGAAAACACGCUGACGGAGAGCGAGGCCCGCUACAGCUCCCAGCUGUCCCAGGUGCAGAGACUGAUCACCAAUGUGGAGUCCCAGUUGGCAGAGAUCCGCAGUGACCUGGAGCGGCAGAACCAGGAGUAUCAGGUGCUGCUGGACGUGCGGGCCCGGCUGGAGUGUGAGAUCAACACGUACCGGAGCCUGCUGGAGAGCGAGGACUGCAAGCUCCCCUCCAACCCCUGCGCCACAACCAAUGCAUGUGACAAGUCCACUGGGCCCUGUAUCUCCAAUCCCUGUGGCCUACGUGCUCGGUGCGGGCCUUGCAACACAUUUGGGUACUAGAGGCCCCACGACCAGGAGGAGAAGAAAGGCAUCAGUCACACCUCAAUUCUACUUCAUCCCAACAUCUCCAACAGUGACCACACUUUGGAAAGAGGCAGAAACCUUUCUAUCAGCCCUGGCUUCCAGGGGUCAGCUCUAGCCUUCCACUGUAUUCUCUGGCUUGAUUCUUCAGCAUAAGCCUGCAAAAUCUGUCUUCUGAGUCACAUAGAGAGACCUACAGCAGAAUCAAGAUCAAGUAAUAUCUACCAUCCUAAAGACACAUUUGCAUAACAUGUUAUAAUUGAACAAAACUUAUCUAAAUGCAAUUUAGAGAAAAUUCCAUUAAGUGUGCUAGAGCUGAUGGGCAUGCUAUGAAACAGAACAUAAUUGGAGUAAGUCUUCCUUGUCACUCUUGGUCUUUGGAGAUGCAAUAGAAAUCCUUUGUUAACCU